GCACGCUGGGAAGCCGCGUGCUGACGCGCAUGCGCCCACGGACCGGUGCCCAGGGCCCUCUGCCCGGAACAAAAUGGCGGCCAUUUCUGCAUCCGGGUCUCUAGGGCCCGCCCAUCGGGUGUCACCUUGCGGCCCGCGCUGUCUGUGACGUAGACACAACGUCACAGUGCCCGAGGUCCCGCCCCCAGUUUUCCUUCCUUUGCUCCUCGGUCCGCUGCCCACAGGAGGCGGGGCAUUGCGAUGGGGCCGGGCGUCGUGAUGAUGUGCGAGCGCGAACGUCGGCCUGCCCUUGGCAGAGUUGAGGCACAGCCCGGCGGGAUGGCAGCCUUGCCCCCCCGCCGCCCCGGCCGGCUCCAACGUCACCUCCUGAGCGGCGAGUUCGACCAGCUGCGGGACUUCCCCAUCUUUGAGAGCAAUUUCGUGCAGGUUACCCGGCUUGGGGAAGUCGCCAACAAGGUCACCAUGGGGGUGGCAGCCUCCAGCCCAGCCCUAGAGCUCCCAGACCUACUGCUGCUGGCUGGUCCAGACAAGGAGAAUGGAUGCCUCCAGCUUCUCGGGCUGUUCCCCUUGCAGUAUGUGAAGCUCUUUGUGCAUGAUGAAAACCGCCAACAGCUCAAGGUCAAGUUCACAACAGGCCGCGCCUUUUACCUGCAGCUGCGGGCACACCCGGAGAGCCGAGAGUCCGAGUUUGGCCAGUGGGUGCGGCUGCUGUACCGCCUGCGCUUUGGCUCAGCCGGCAGGGACGUGCCCUUCACGCAUGAAGACUUGACACCAUGCGACAGCGAGGAGCACACUGAAGAGUUUCAAGACAUGGAGGCAAGACUUGACCCACUGAUUUCUGAACUCUGGGGACUCUGACUCGGACAAGAUCUUCCAAGUACCAAGGGACCAGAGAUCCAAAGCACAUGAGCUAUUAACAUUAAUAAAGAUGGGGCUCUUGUGAACAAA